GUCGCAACUUUCCACGGCUGUUAGGUUUGUGCAGUUUUUUGCAGAUUUUGUUUUAAAAAUUUCCAUUAGUAUUAAUGAAAAGGAAUAAAAGCCUGCUUGUCCUAGACCGAAUUAUGAUUUUGUUGCUUGUCUGUCAACGAUAAUCAGCCUGUAAUUAGUUUUAUUGUCCGCAACCGAAUAGUCCAGCUGUUUAAUGAAAUCCAGAUUUACAAGAUUACCUUCUGGGUCAUAUACCAACGUUCGAUUUUGAUCCUCAAUUUGUUGGACAUUCUGGGCGGAGUUUUCUCUUUGAUUAUGUACCAACUUAAAGUUUGCAAAUAAACAUUGGAUGUUAUAGAAGAGAUUAAAGAUUUAAAAGGUAAUCCUUUUUGAUGGACCAAUUGUAACACUGGGGUUUAAGAAAGUGCAAUCUACAGUUAGUUUGCACUUUUGACACUUUAUCUGGAAUUGCAGGCAUGGGUUAUCUGGCUGCCUUCUGGAGAUUGGGUACUGUCGUUCUUUCUACGUCAUUCGUGGCUGGUAUUGUGCUCGUCGGACUGGCUGGGCUCUAUCUGGGCCCCAAGUGUGUGAACAACCCGGGCAAGCCCCAUUCUAUCUGUGUGCUAGUCAGGUCCAGCCAAGUGGGCGGGGCCCUCAUUGCUCUGGGCGUCACCAUUUCCGGAGUAUUCGCACUCAUCUGCGCAAUUGAAAUACAAACUCGCUAUUUCCCCACGAGGAACCCAUCAAAAAUAAUAAAUGAGAAAUACGCAUCAAGACUGCACGAAAUCAAAGAGGAACUGUCCAGCAGAAGGAGUUCCCAAGCCCAAACUCUUCUGCACAGCCAACUGUCAUCCGCACCAGAAAACCGCAACUGUUCCGCCUCAAGACAGAUUUCAUCAGAAUUGACUUCAAGCCAGUGUUUUUUAGAUUACCAUAGUUCUGUUGUUAGUAUUUGAGUUAAUUUAGUUUCAUCUUUUGGAGUUCCUUUACAUCUCUUAGUUGAGUAUCGCCAAAUGCUGAUACCUGUAUUUUUGUCAUUCAACAGAGCUGCAU